AUGGUAACAGGGAGCUCUGUUACUAUUGCUGACUACCUCUGUAGAGAACAAGGCAGCCUGGCCAGAGAUUGUGUGGAGGUUGCUAGUCAUGGGUCCAUGAGUGGACGUGAAUCCAGCGUAGAAAAUAGGGUCAACAAUGUCUUCUACUCUACAACGAUGACAAUGGAACCAGAGGGUGCAAAUUUGAGAAAUGGUGACUUGAACAAAGUGAAACAGAAGGAAAAUGCUUUGGAAGAUCCUAAGGAGAAUCAGAGAAAAAAGAGAAGCAAAGAUGAAAAGAAAGUUGGAAAUGUGCCAGCAGUUAACUCUCUUCAGAUGACAUCUAUUUUGCACAUCUCUUAGUUUCGUUUUGCAGAUGGUCUGGAUAUUUUACUGAUGGUAGUUGGAAUUAUAGCUGCAGUGGCUCAUGGAAUGUGUCUACCAUUAUUAUCAGUUGUUUUUGGAGAUAUGACAAAUGGAUUUAUAUGCAAAGCUGCCAAUUCAACCUUAAAUAUGACAGACUGUGAUGAUACACCCUUUGAAGAACAAAUGGCUAAGUUUUCUUAUUACUAUGUUGCAAUUGGAGCAGGAGCACUGCUAUGUGCUUAUAUCCAAGUUUCUUUUUGGGUUCUGACUUCAGCAAGACAGACGAGAAGACUUCGAAAGUUAUUUUUGCACACUUUACUAAGAAGAGAGAUUGGAUGGUUUGAUGUUAACCCAGUUGGACAACUCAAUACACGUCUUACAGCAGACAUCAACAAAAUCAAUGAGGGAAUUGGGGAUAAGAUUGGACUUUUGUUCCAGUACAUCGCAACUUUUGCUGGAGGCAUAAUAGUUGGUUUUGCAAGGGGAUGGAAGCUAACUCUGGUAAUUCUGGCUGCCAGCCCUCUCCUCGCGUUAUCAGCUGUGCUGUGGUCCAAGCUCACAGUCUCCUUCACCAACUUGGAAAUGACAGCUUAUGCAAAAGCUGGAGCUGUUGCUGAAGAAGUCUUGGGGGCAAUCAGAACGGUGGUGGCAUUUGGAGGUCAAAAGAAAGAAAUUGAAAGGUACCACAGGAAUUUAGGGGAAGCAAAGAAAAUUGGUAUAAAGAAGGCGAUUACUGCCAAUCUGUCAGUUGGGUUUGCCUACUUUAUAAUAUUUGGAUCUUAUGCAAUUGGAUUUUGGUAUGGAACCACUUUGGUUCUUGAGAAUUCAGGAUAUACAAUUGGAACAGUUCUCACUAUUUUUUUCUGCGUCACCUUUGGAACAUUCUCUAUUGGUCAGACAGCACCCUAUAUUGAAGCAUUCUCUAAUGCCAGAGGAGCAGCAUAUGAAAUCUAUAAAAUACUAGAUGAGAAAUCUGCCAUAGAUGGUUUCUCAGAAGAAGGAUAUAAGCCUGAUCAAAUUAAAGGAACAGUGGAAUUUAAGAAUGUACAUUUUAAUUACCCAUCAAGACCAGAUGUAAAGAUUUUAAACGGCCUACAGUUGAAGAUUAACAGCGGACAGACAGUAGCUCUGGUGGGAAGCAGCGGCUGUGGAAAAAGUACCACCAUUCAGUUGCUACAGAGAUUCUACGAUCUCCAAGAAGGAUCGAUUACAGUUGAUGGCCAUGAUAUACGGUCACUAAAUAUCAGGCAUUUUCGCAAGUUCAUUGGUGUGGUCAGCCAAGAGCCUGUACUUUUUGCUACAACCAUCGCUGAAAACAUACGAUUUGGACGUGAUGACGUUACAGACGCAGAAAUUGAGAUGGCUACAAAAGAAGCAAACGCCUACGAUUUUGUCAUGAAACUUCCUGAUAAAUUUGACACUCUUGUCGGACAGAGGGGCACACAACUGAGUGGAGGACAGAAACAAAGAAUUGCAAUUGCCCGGGCUCUGGUGCGUAAUCCUAAGAUUCUUUUGUUAGAUGAAGCCACUUCAGCCCUGGACACAGAGAGUGAAGCCGUGGUUCAAGCAGCAUUGGAUAAGGCAAGUAAAGGUCGUACUACAAUCUUGAUUGCUCAUCGCCUGUCCACAAUCAGGACUGCAGACAUGAUAGCAAGCUUUCAGAAUGGCGUUUUAGUGGAACAGGGGACACAUGCAGAAUUGAUGCAGCAACAAGGAGUUUACCAUUCACUUGUAUUGGCACAGUCAUUUAAAAGCACAGAGGAGGAACACAAGAGAAGAGAAAAUGGGGAAGAGCAAGAUGAAUCUGAAAAUCUUCUCUGCAAGCGUACCCUAUCCAACAAAUCAAGCACCAGAAGUGGUAAUGAGACUGAAACUGAAGUGGAAGAAAAUAAGGAAGAAAAACUCCGAAGUGUUUCAUUUCUAAAACUUUUCAAAUUGAACAAAUCAGAGUGGCCAUACAUAUUUCUGGGAGUCAUAGGUGCGAGUAUCAAUGGAGCAACUCAUCCUGCCUUUUGCAUUAUAUUUGCAAAGAUUAUUAGUAUCUUUACUGAAACCGAUACAGCAGUGAUCAGGCAACAAGCUGAUCUUUAUUCGCUUUUGUUCUUUAUUAUUGGUUUAAUUUCCUUUGUUACAUAUUUCUUACAAGGCUUUAUGUUUGGAAAGUCUGGGGAAACCCUCACUCAGAAACUGCGGUCUAUGGCCUUCAAGGCAAUGUUACGUCAGGAGAUUGCUUGGUUUGAUGAUAAGAAAAAUAGCACUGGUGCCCUAACCACAAGACUGGCAACAGAGGCAUCACAAGUCCAAACAACUGUAGGUUCAAGAUUAGGACUAAUAGCUCAAAACAUUGCAAGCAUGGGAGCUGCUGUUAUUAUAUCAUUCAUAUAUGGAUGGCAGAUGAGCUUGUUGGUACUAGCAAUAGUGCCCAUCCUUGCUAUGGCUGGAGUGGUUGAAAUGAAAUCUCUAACGGGAUACACAAGUCGUGAUAAGAAAGAGCUUGAAGCAGCUGGAAAGAUAGCGACAGAAGCUGUGGAAAAUAUCCGCACUGUCGUUUCUUUGACUGUGGAACCAACAUUUGAAAAGAUGUAUGAUGAAAACUUAGAGUUGCCAUACCGAAAUGCUAAAAAGAAAUCCCAGGUCUAUGGUUUUGCCUUUGCACUGAGCCAGGCCAUCCAAUACUUUAGCUACGCUGCUUGUUUCCGAUUUGGUGCAUACCUGAUAACAAUAAACGCAAUGGAUGUAGAAGGUGUUUUUCUUGUUUUUAAUGCGAUUGUGUAUGGUGCUGUCGCAAUUGGACAGAGCAGUUCUUUCGCUCCUGAUUAUGCAAAGGCAAAAGUUGCUGCAAUGAAUCUGUUUGCACUGUUUGAGCGUGUGCCAGCCAUAGACAGCGAUAGCACUGAUGGGCAGAAGCUGGAAAACUUUAAUGGUGACUUGAAAUUCUCCAAAGUUUACUUCAGAUAUCAGAGUCGUCCAGAUGUACCAGUGCUCGAAAGACUCUCAAUCAAGGUUGGCAAAGCACAGACUUUGGCACUCGUUGGCAGCAGUGGUUGCGGGAAAAGUACAUCUGUGCAGCUUAUCGAAAGAUUCUAUGAUCCACUGAAAGGAGAAGUGUGUCUAGACGGAACUGAUAUCAGAAGUAUCAACAUCCAAUGGCUUCGAUCACAAAUUGGAAUUGUAUCCCAGGAGCCUGUGCUCUUCAAUUGUAGCAUUGCUGAGAAUAUUGCAUAUGGUGACAACAGCAGGACUGUAUCACAGGAGGAAAUUGAGAAGGCAGCAAAGGCAGCAAAUGCUCAAUCCUUUAUUGAACAGCUCCCUGAUAAAUACAACACUAGAGUUGGGGAAAAGGGAGCUCAGCUUUCUGGUGGACAAAAGCAGCGAAUAGCCAUUGCACGAGCUCUCAUCCGGCAGCCAAAACUCCUGCUCUUAGACGAGGCAACAUCUGCACUUGAUACAGAGAGUGAAAAGAUUGUUCAGGAGGCUCUCGAUAAAGCAAGGAAAGGCCGAACCUGUGUGGUCAUUGCUCACCGUCUGACGACAGUUCAGAAUGCAGAUGUGAUUGCUGUCAUUGACAAUGGGAAAGUAAUAGAACGGGGCACACAUGAACAGCUGCUAGCUAGACAUGGAGCUUACUAUAAUCUAGUAAAUGCCCAGGUCAUUCAAUAA